UUCCGGCCAGCCGCUCCUUCCUUCUGUGUCUCUGUGGUACUUGCUGCGUGGUUCCCACACUGCCGGAAGUAGUUCGCUGGGUCGGAUUAGUACGUCGAGCAGUGAGUGAGGCUGAGGAACCAUCAUGUCAUCAGAAUCAAGUAAAAAACGGAAGCCCAAAGUGAUCCGCAGUGAUGGAGCUCCAGCAGAAGGAAAGCGGAAUCGAUCUGACAUGGAGCAGGAAGGUAAAUACUACAGUGAGGAGGCUGAAGUGGACCUGCGGGACCCUGGCAGAGACUAUGAGCUGUACAAGUACACAUGCCAGGAGCUACAGAGGCUAAUGGCUGAGAUCCAGGACCUGAAGAGCAGAGGUGGCAAGGAUGUGGCAAUUGAAAUUGAAGAACGGAGGAUCCAGAGCUGUGUGCAUUUCAUGACUCUAAAGAAACUAAACCGAUUAGCCCACAUCAGGUUGAAGAAAGGAAGAGAUCAGACCCAUGAGGCCAAGCAAAAAGUAGAUGCCUAUCAUCUGCAGCUACAGAACUUGCUGUAUGAGGUGAUGCACCUGCAGAAGGAGAUCACCAAAUGUCUGGAGUUUAAGUCAAAGCAUGAAGAAAUUGAUCUGGUCAGUUUAGAGGAGUUUUAUAAGGAGGCACCAGCAGACAUCAGCAAGGCUGAAGUCACCAUGGGAGACCCUCACCAGCAGACCCUGGCACGUCUGGACUGGGAGCUAGAGCAGCGGAAAAGACUGGCAGAGAAAUAUCGAGAUUCCCUAUCCAACAAGGAGAAGAUCCUCAAAGAGAUAGAAGUAAAAAAGGAGUACUUGAGCAGCCUUCAGCCUCGACUCAAUAGCAUCAUGCAGGCUUCCCUCCCAGUGCAGGAGUACCUGUUUAUGCCAUUUGACCAGGCUCACAAGCAAUAUGAAACAGCGAGACACCUACCACCUCCCCUCUACGUGCUCUUUGUGCAGGCUACCGCCUAUGGGCAGGCCUGUGCUCAUAUGAAAUCUUCCCAGCCCCCUAGACAGGAUAAGACUUUGUCAGUGGCCAUCGAAGGCAGUGUGGAUGAAGCCAAGGCUCUGUUCAAACCUCCUGACGACUCCCAAGAUGAUGAGAGCGAUUCAGAUGCUGAAGAAGAGCAGACCACGAAACGGCGGCGACCCACACUGGGCGUUCAAUUGGAUGACAAGCGCAAGGAGAUGCUGAAGAGACACCCUCUGUCCGUCAUGGUUGAUCUGAAAUGCAAAGAUGAUAGCGUGCUUCACCUGACUUUCUACUACCUCAUGAACCUCAACAUCCUGACAGUGAAAGCCAAAGUGACCACUGCCACAGAGCUGAUCACCCCCAUCAGUGCUGGGGACUUGCUAUCUCCAGACUCAGUGCUGAGCUGUUUGUAUCCUGGUGAUCAUGGAAAGAAAACUCCAAAUCCAGCCAAUCAGUAUCAGUUUGAUAAAGUUGGCAUUUUGACUUUGAGAGACUAUGUACUUGACCUAGGCCAUCCCUAUUUAUGGGUACAGAAGCUGGGAGGCCUCCACUUCCCCAAAGAGCAACCCCAGCACACAGUCAUUGCUGACCACUCACUGAGUGCCAGCCACAUGGAAACAACCAUGAAGCUGCUGAAGACCAGGGUGCAGUCCCGUCUGGCCCUCCACAAACAGUUUGCAUCCCUGGAACAUGGCAUCGUGCCAGUUACCAGUGAUUGCCAGUACCUCUUCCCUGCCAAGGUUGUCUCUCGCCUAGUGAAGUGGGUGACAAUUGCCCAUGAAGAUUAUGUGGAACUGCAUUUCACCAAGGACAUUGUGGAGGCAGGCCUGGCUGGGGACACCAAUCUCUACUACAUGGCACUCAUUGAAAGGGGCACAGCCAAACUCCAGGCUGCUGUGGUAUUGAACCCUGGCUACUCCUCCAUCCCCCCAGUUUUCCAACUCUGUCUGAACUGGAAAGGAGAGAAAACCAACAGCAACGAUGACAACAUUCGGGCCAUGGAGAGUGAGGUCAAUGUGUGCUACAAGGAGCUCUGCGGUCCUCGGCCCAGUCACCAGCUCUUGACCAACCAACUACAGCGGCUCUGCGUGCUCCUAGACGUCUACCUGGAGACUGAGAGCCACGAUGACACUGUGGAGGGACCCAAGGAGUUUCCCCAGGAGAAGAUGUGUCUGCGGCUUUUCAGAUAG